AUGCAUUCUCUGAAGCAAACUGUAGAUCUCCUUGCCUCACUUGGCUCUCCUGUCUCCGUUGAAGACAUGACUGACCAUGUCUUGCGUGGUCUCGACGACGGCUACAGAGCUGUCAUUGAUGGCGUCAAUGCAAGGGACACUGCCAUUCUUUUUGAUGACCUCCUCGAGAAGCUUCUCAUUCAAGAAAUCUCCCUUGUUGUUGCUCAACGGCAGAAAAGGGAUGACUGGAGAGAUGUUUGCUUCACGGAUGGAGUUCAUCUGACUUGUGAGGGGAGCAACAUAGUGGCAAAAGAGAUACUAAAGGUCCUCAAAGAAGCAGAAUGGGAACCUAGCCUGCACUGGAAGUCAAUGCCAACUGAAUAUGCAGAAGAUUCACCUUAUGAUCCAAUUGGCCCUGAUGGAAAGACAAAUAUGAAUAUCUGCAACUGGACCUUCCUGGAAACUACAGAAUGGGACUAG